AGCCGUCAGACUUUGCGCACGAUUACGAAGAUCUCUCUGAGCAGGUCAUGUUGAAGGUACACUUGGUUUCCACCGUCGCGCAGGCCGCCCGUGCCGCGCGGCGAAUACGUUCCAUGGCACGCGUUAUCGGACUCGACUGCGAGGGAGUUGCACUAGGUCGGUUUGGACAGCUGUGUAGCCUUCAAAUCUGCGUUCUGUCACCCCGGGAAAAAGCGCCCGCCCAUCAGUAUGAAGACAAACAGAUCGAGAGGAUGCAGAAAACCGGCGCGAAAGUAGAACAAGACUGCGGCGCCAUGCAAGAACUACCCUCUGCUCCGUGCAGCGUGAUGGAAACGCGUGACCGUAGUGCGGCGGCUUCGUGCGUUCGGACGCAUGAUGAAAGCGAAGGUCUUGUUGAAGAGCUUCGAAAAUCGUGCUGGCUCGUAGACGCCCUGGCGGCAAAUGGACAAGUAGUCGCUGCGUUCCGCACCCUUCUGGAGGAUGCCUCCGUAGUUAAAGUUGUACACGACUGUCGGGAAGACGCCGCGGCGCUUCGGCACCAGCACCACAUCCGCCUUCGGGCAGUCUACGAUACCCAAGUGGCGCACGCACUGCUCCAUCCAGCGAGCACGCAUUCCGGCUUCCAAGAGGCCCUCUCCUUCCUUUGUGAAAAUGAUCACUUUAUUUCCCCAAGUAGACCGGACCACUUCGGUAAGACGGGCAACAGCAGUAUGGACAAAAGUUGUCGCACCGGUGCCACAUCAGUGUUGCGAGAACGAGAAACCGCUGAAGGUAGUGCUGCAAUGAUAUCAACCCUUCCAUCCUGCGCCACUCAAUCUUUGUCAGUAGGAUCGGAUUUCUGUGCUGACAUCACGCGGCCUGCACAUUCCAAAGUAGAAGAUGAAAAGCCCGAUAUAAAUUACGGCAGCAGCACUUCGACGUCGUAUCUGCAGCGCGUAAAACGUCAGAUGGCGGAGGACAGCACACUGUGGCGGAGGCGUCCGCUCACUGGCGAACUCGUGAAGUAUGCAGUACAUGGGUGUCACCGCCUCCGCGACUUGUACGACCGCCAAAACCGUGCGUUAGCAGCACGGCGUCCUGAUCUUUUCGAACCACUGGAACUGGAACACAACGCAGCCAGGGCGGUAGAACGGAAGAUCGUAUCGCAAACCGAAAAACAGUGCCUGCAAUACCCGGAGUUCAACUUGCAUCUAAGCAAGCCAAGCGAUGCGGCCAAGAUCGGCACGGUCCUUUGGGCGCUGUGCUGCGCGCAGUCCGGGAGCCACGCGGCGCGCAACAAAGCGGUGUAUUGGAAGCUGAAUCUUGGCCGCACAGGCGUGACCAGCACGCCGUCGGCGUUGGGCCGCUUACAGACCGUCGCCGUUGGCGACGCGGUGCUCUGUGUCGUUGCGGGCGUGUCGCUGUCAGGGGAGUUCCUCUAUUUAGACCGCUACGACCCCGAUUGGAACUACCACGAAUUUCGGCAGCGCCCGGUGGACGCCAGUUCCCAGCCCGUGUACUACGGCCGGGAGUGUCGGCAUCAAACGUAUUCAAGUGAAGAAUGCCCCCACCCCGGAUCUUGCAAAAGUUUCUCAUGCAAAGUUUCCAAAUGAAAGCUUUUUGUUUUUGUCUUGCAUGAAAGGACUCUGAGCCUCUCUGAUGCAGAAUCUAGGCACGCAAGGCAUCUGCUGCAUAGCAGAUCCGCCUGCUGUUGGGCUCCUUUGCAACACAAAUUUGAGCUAUUCAGCAUGGAAAAUUUGUGAUGCUGAUAUAUGCAAGACGGGGAAUGUUUCUAUUGGAAAAGUUUGCAUAUACAAAUGCUGCCAAGUGCUGGAGUGGGGGGCAUUUUUCAUUGUAAUGAAACGAGCGCGCUGUUUCCGGAAACAGCCGCAAUCGAUCCGCUCCUCGUCCGCGACGACCAAUUACUGCAGGAAGAAACCGACUUUCUUUAGAAUUCAUCAAUACACUGAUAAAUUCCUCGCGAAGUUAACAAGGCAGAUACACACAACCGGAAAGAAAAAAUCUUGCCACCCUGCAGGAGUUUUGUUGGUUCCCGUGCCACAGAAGAUGUCAGUUUCCAGUAACGACAUGACUUCACUUCUCAUCUCAUUCCUCUAACGGAAAGUUCUGAUAACCUUUCUUCUUUUGUGCAUUCGAAGAAUUCCAGCUUGAAAUGAGAAAGCUUUCUGUUGUCUGUUUUACGAUCCAUUGAUGGCAGCGCUUUUUGCUUGUAG